AUGCCAUUGGUUAUCCUCAAAUCUUCCUUGGAGUGCAACGCCGGGGAUACGCCGGGCGCCCACUAUGCUGAUGUGAUUCAUAACUUUGCUCGAUUGCGACUUGACCAGCAGCCAAUUGUUAGAUUCGCAACUACCCCGAAAAGUGUAUCUAUUGAACCUGGGGCUCGCAUGGUGAUCCUACUCCCCACAGACGACGUUCUCCAUAUACCACAUCUCGCUGACCCCAAGAUCCACUAUGAACUACUAUCCAAGCCCGGUCUGGCUCUGUCCGGACUGCCCACGCCACCAUCGAAGGUUAUCGACACGGUUCUGGCCCCAAGUGAUGUUCACGACUCGCAGCUCAUGGCGGCUGAAAUUGACAGAAUCACGCGCCUGAUCGAUGACUGCAAGAUGCCAUUCCUAUUAAAGCUGGCCCAGUCGGUCUCUGGCCGAGACGUGUAUCAGAUCCAUAGAGUUACCCAGCGAACAGCUGUGAAAGCCAUGCUCAGCGCGCAGCUCGGACACAUCCUGCGGCAAAUAAACCGGCUGAAUCACCACAUGCACCCGUGCUCCUUAGUGCUGCAGGAAUUCGUGCACGGUACAACGAUUGCCUGGUCCCUCUUUCACUUGGGACCACUCGCGGGGCAUUUCGUGCAACGCGGCCUGUUGGAGGUAUCUUUAUUCAAGAGUAUUUUAGAACCACUAGGGCAACCUGUGAAGACGUAUUCGCGAGAGAGAUCCAGGGGGGCAGCGUGGUGA